AUGGCAUCCAAUUCCAAAACACGCUCCUCCUCCCCAGCCUCAUCCAUCUUCAAACCUGGAACCUUAGUCGAAAUCAGCUCCGAUGACGACGGAUUUCGUGGUUCAUGGUUUACCGGCAAGAUCGUCCGUCGUCUCGUCGGUGACAAGUUCAUGGUCGAGUAUGACAACUUAAUGGUGGAUGAAGACAUCACCAAGCGCCUUAAAGAAUCUAUUAGGCUUCACCAGCUCCGGCCAAUUCCCCCCAAGGAGAUCACCCGGGACUUCAAAUUUGGUGAUGAAGUUGACGCUUACCACAACGACGGAUGGUGGGAGGGUCACGUCGCUGGAAUAUUAGAGGAUGGUAGAAAGACAGUGUAUUUCAGAGUCUCGAGGGAGCAGCUGGAGUUCCGCGAUGAGGAACUCAGGCUCCAACGUGAGUGGGUCAAUGGAGGUUGGAUCCCGCCAUUUCCACAACAGGAUGAUAGUGAAAUUAAGAAAAAGGUGUGUGUUAAGGCUGCUGAAACUGUGACCCGAGACAAGGAUGAUUUCAAGUUUAAGGAAGGGGAUUUGGUUGAGGUGUGUAGUGACGAAGAUGGUUUUAAAGGGGCUUGGUUUUCUGCAACCCUUGUUGAGCCUAAGGCAGGAGGGAAGUUUGUUGUCGAGUAUGAGAGCCUGCUCGAUGAUGAUUCAAAGCUUUUGAGAGAGGAGGGCAGUAUCCUGCAAAUUAGGCCUCGUCCACCAAAAACUGAUGAGGUUGAUCAGUUUAAGUUUCUUGAUGAAGUGGAUACCUAUUACAAUGAUGGUUGGUGGGUUGGGGUUGUUUCUAAAGUUCUUGGGGACUCCAAAUAUAUAGUUUAUUUCAGGAACUCUAAUGAAGAGCUGGAGUUUGAACAUUCCCAGUUGAGGCUGCAUCAGGACUGGGUGGAUAACAAAUGGGUCAUGGCUUCUAAGGCGUUGAAGUUUUGA